ACGAACUGAAAUCUUUUUCUCUCUUCGCUUCUUUGAAAGAAAAAAAAACCGAAAGGAUGUCGGGUGGAAAGGUUUCAUUCAAAGUCAUACUCACUUCCGAUCCAAAACUUCCCUUCAAAGUUUUUAGCGUUCCAGAGGCAGCACCUUUUACUGCUGUAUUGAAAUUCGCUGCUGAAGAAUUCAAAGUUCCACCACAAACUAGUGCUAUUAUCACCAAUGAUGGUGUGGGCAUCAACCCGCAGCAAAGUGCAGGCAAUGUCUUCCUCAAACAUGGAUCUGAACUGCGGUUGAUCCCUCGUGACAGGGUUGGUGCUUUGGCAUUCUUUUGAUCGGGCUACAUAGCGUUGGCAACCUCACAACUACACUUGAUACUUCCAAUUAUAAUUUAGUCCUAAAUAUGUUUGUGGAUCAGCCUUGUUCUUUUGACUAGGUAUACCUGUCAAAGAAAAAUCUGAUGUUAACUUAUAAGAAGUUUAGAAAUUUAUAAUAAGUUUGGACUCAAAUAUGUUAUCAGUUGGAACUUGAAACUGAUCUCUUUGCUACGUAGCUUGGAGUAAAUAAAUGUUGGACUAGGGAACAGCUCUGACUGA